GGACAGUCUGUCUGAACUCGGGAGGGGAAUCGCUGCGCUGUUAAAACUCCCAGGAUUUACACUCUGCCAUUUUGAGCAAAACCGGCCGACAUCAGAGUUCAGACGACUCCGUCAAACAGGAGUCAUGACCUGAAGUUAGCGAACCGCCACUGUGAAUCCAUGAGAAGGUCUUGAAGCGGGGGACAAUCAAUACAACAAAGGAGGAACUGUGUUUUUUGGACUGGACAUCAGUCGUCUGCAGCCAUGUGUUCUACCAAUCAUUCAAACUGGGUCACAUUUGAAGAUGACAACAUACCGCUCUCAUCACCUCAGAAGCCCCUGCAGUCACCAGGGCUUAUCAAAGCAUCGGUACCUCGUCCCAAUGGUCUGAAAUUAGUGCUUCCUCCAAUCCGAGACACUUCCUGGAGCUUCAGUCGUUCCCUGGAAUCCCCUCAAAGCCACUCUAGUCUUAGCGGACGUUCCUGUGUGCCAUGUAGCACACCCUUUGGCACUCCUGUGAGUGGGGUUCCUAGCAGCGAAUUUCACUCCAGCACAUGGGAAAGGAACGACUUCUUCCGGAGUUUGUCCAGCACAUCGACCACUUCUUCUCCUUCUCCUGCACCCGAGGCCCCAAGUCAAACCUCAGAUGGACCAAGCCCUUUCCCUUCUUUCCAGGGGAACUCGGGACACUAUAACCCCUUCUGGAAUGAAUCUAGACACAGUGCAGAUGUGGGCAGCUCCUCCUCAGACUCAGAAUGUGACAGCAGCCUACCACGUUUCUUUAUUCGGACCAAAGACGGCAGUGAGCCACCACGUGACCAACUCCAAAGCUCCUUCUCCUAUGUUUGCCACAAACUGGAAGGCCUACGAACAGAAACGGACCAUGAAACAGAGACAGGGAGAGAUGGGGAGAGGCGGCUAAGUUGCAAAAAUGAGGUGUUAAGUGACAGUUCAUCUCAUUUUGUCCCUCGGGGGCUGUUUCGUAGCCAGAAGAGAGACGGCUGGCCUGUCAUGCUCAGGAUUCCCGAAAAAAAGAACCGCAUGUCCUCUCGACAGUGGGGGCCUAUCUAUCUCCGCUUAGUGCCGGGAGGUGUGCUGCAGAUGUACUAUGAGAAAGGGCUAGAGAAGCCGUUCAAGGAGUUCCAGCUCCUCCCUCAAUGUAGGCUCUCAGACCUUAAACUGGAGAGCUACGGGGAGCCCCGCAAAGUCCUUACCAUCAAGGUGGAGCACUUCUCCUACACAGAAAAGAAACGCUAUCACCCGAAGUUGGAGGUCAGUCAUGAGGCAGAGGUAGAGCAGCUGCUCAAGUUUGGCUCCACGGUGCAUGACGACAUGGAGGACCUGGUAGUCUCCAUGGAAGAGGAAAUCUUCAAAUUGUCUAUACCCCAUCAGCCGAGGCGGCACUACGAGGAGCAGGAGCUGUCGUUGCAGAUCACUGAUCACAUCUGGGUACAACUGGAUAAGUCUGGAGGAGUCAUAGAGCGGACAGCCUUCACCCAGGUUCACUGUCUGGCGUUUCUAAACGGACUAGGGGAUUGUUUUCUCGCCCUUAAUGAUCUCGGGCUGCUGCGCUUUGACUCUAGCUACGGCUCUGAGGAGGGCAGUGAACUCUGGAUGGAGAUUGCCGACUGCCAUUUUCACAAAUGUGUGAAUGAGAUAGAAUUUCAGAGGUCCCGUCUGAUUAAGUUCUCACCUCCUGACGCCUGCAGGGUGGAGCUGAUGCGGUACAAGACGGCAGUUUUGGGUUGCACAGAAAUUCCUUUCUCAAUCAAAACUGUGGUCACAGUUCAAGGUGCCUAUGUGGAGCUCCAGGCCUUUCUGAACAUGUCAGCCACCUUCCUCUCCUCCAGGGCGGGGUCUGACAGGUACCCGCUGUGUGAGAAUGUAGUGAUCCGUGUGCCGGUGCCAGGUGACUGGGUCAAAGUGACGCAGACGGUGGCCUUGCUGCGGCAGAGGUCACUGAAGGCCCGUAUGAACAGAAAUGCCUGCCUGGGCUCUGUCAGCAAUGCAGAUUCACAGCCUGUCAUGCAGGUGUCAAUUGGCACAGUCAAGUAUGAGAAUGUAUAUUCAGCCAUCGUGUGGAGGAUCGACAGGCUGCCAGCGAAAAAUACGGCAGUGGAUCAUCCCCAUUCAUUUUCCUGCAAGCUAGAGCUGGGAUCUGAUCAGGAGAUCCCAAAUGACUGGUACCCCUUUGUGACCAUGGAAUGUGAAAUAAUGGGCGCAGUUGUGUCACAGACCAGGGUGAAGUCACUGGGCACAGCAAACGACAUCCAGCCGCAGAAACAUGUAACCAGCUGGACACGUUAUCAUUGUCAGGUGGAAGUGGAGAAGAAGUGGAUUGAAACAGAGUCAGAGAGGCAAUCCGGCUGUAUGACACAGUGAGGAUUAGAGAGGAGGACGUUAUCCUUUUUGGUCCGAGACAUUUGCCAAAAUCUUUUUCAUAGUGUAAAGGGAUAGCGGGUUAAAAAAAAAACAAAAACAAAAAAAAGGGUGAUGAGGGACUUUCUGCUUAUAUCCGGUGUCAGAUUCAUCUAAUUACACAUAGCCUGG